UGGACGUUUCUCGUGCGGGAAGAAGGAGGAGCGACUGAGAUCCACACUACUAUACACGCUCGCUCACAGCUCAAACCACAGUAGUGAUGUUCCCUCAGCAGCAUGUGACAGGCAGAACUCACUGAGUCCAGACUGAGCUCAUCUCGAGAAACGUUACUACUGAAACCUCUCGGCGAGACGUCUUAAAGUAACACGCGUCCUUAAAUAUCGAAUGCAUACUUUACAAGUCCGUGCGUGGAAAGGAAAUAAGUUUAAAGAUGUCUGUCAGUAAUCACGAGAACCGAAAGUCAAGGUCAAGCUCUGGGUCCAUGAACAUCCAGCUGUUCCACAAGACGUCACAUGCAGACAGCUUGCUUACCCAACUCAACCUCCUCCGCAAGCGACGUGUCUUCACGGAUGUAGUCCUGCACGCCGGACAUCGAGCAUUUCCAUGCCACCGAGCCGUUCUGGCUUCAUGUAGUCGCUAUUUUGAGGCCAUGUUCAGUGGUGGACUAAAAGAGAGUCGAGAUGCCGAGGUCAACUUCCACGACUCUUUGCACCCGGAGGUACUGGAGCUCCUGCUAGACUACGCCUACUCGGCCCGGGUGAUCAUUAACGAGGAAAAUGCAGAGUCUUUGCUGGAGGCUGGCGACAUGCUCCAGUUCCACGACAUCCGUGACGCCGCCGCAGAAUUCCUGGAGAAGAAUCUGCAUCCGUCUAACUGCCUUGGAAUGAUGCUUCUCUCCGAUGCUCAUCAGUGCCAGAGGCUGUAUGAACUUUCUUGGCGAAUGUGUCUGGCGAAUUUCGCUAAUCUAUACCACACUGAAGAUUUCCUAAGCUUGCCCAAGGAUAAAGUUCAGGAGCUUGUUUUUAGCGAGGAGCUGGAGGUUGAGGACGAAAGUAUUGCGUACGAGGCUGUUAUUGAUUGGGUCAGAGCUGACAUUGGAAGGAGGCAUCUUGAUCUUCCCGACCUUCUGCGCUGUGUUCGACUCGCCUUGCUCCCGGAAACCUAUCUGCUAAAGAACGUUGCAUCGGAGGAGCUCGUCAUGGGACACAAGGUGGGCCGUGAGAUUGUGGAGGACGCCGUCCGAUGCAAAAUGAAGAUCCUGCAGAAUGACGGCGUUGUCACGGGCUUCUGCGCCCGACCCCGAAAGGUCAGCCAAGCUCUCCUGCUUCUAGGAGGCCAAACGUUCAUGUGCGACAAAGUGUACAUGAUCGAUCACAAGGCGAAGGAGAUCACUCCCAAAACGGACCUUCCUAGCCCUCGCAAAGAGUGCAGCGCUUGUGCUAUUGGCUGUAAAGUAUAUGUCACAGGUGGUCGAGGGUCAGAAAACGGGGCUUCGAAAGACGUUUGGGUCUACGACACCUUGCAUGACGAAUGGUCCAAAGCUGCACCGAUGCUCGUCGCUAGAUUCGGACAUGGUUCAGCAGAACUUGACCACAGCCUGUAUGUUGUAGGUGGACACACAUCCCUUGCGGGGUCAUUCCCUGCAUCCCCAUCUGUGUCUCUAAAACAAGUGGAGCAGUACAACCCCCAAUCCAACAAGUGGACACUAGUAGCCCCUCUUCGAGAGGGUGUGAGCAACGCUGCUGUCGUAGGCGCCAAAAACAAACUCUUUGCUUUUGGAGGCACUAGUGUCAACAGGGACAAGUAUCCCAAGGUUCAGUGCUUCGACCCCUGUGAGAACAGGUGGACAGUCCCGGCCACUUGUCCCCAGCUCUGGCGUUACACGGCGGCAGCAGUUGUUGGGAACCAUGUUGUGGUCAUUGGCGGAGAUACAGAGUUCUCUGCGAGCUCUGCGUACCGCUUCAACAGUGAGACGUUCCAGUGGACCAAGUUUGGAGACGUGACUUCCAGGAGAAUCAGCUGUCAUGCGGUGGCGUCGGGGAAUCGCCUCUAUGUGGUUGGGGGCUACUUUGGGGCGCAGAGGUGUAAAACCUUGGACUGCUAUGACCCAUCAACGGACUCAUGGGACAGCAUAACAAGUGUACCAUAUUCGCUUAUCCCAACAGCAUUUGUCAGCACGUGGAAGUACCUCCCAUCUUGAAGAAAAUAUGUCUCUGAUUUGAUCUUCCGGCGUUCUCUGGAAUGCAGCCGAGUCCCCCCCCUCCCCCCCACGAGGCCUGGGAAUGCCGGGGGAGGGGAGACGCUUUUCCUCCUUUACAUUCACAUGGACCUCGUGCUGGAAACCAAGCCUUAGGUCAGUGGGGUGGGUCUCCAUGUCAAACAGAUCCCAUCCCAGCUCACCGCGGUCCUUACAGCGAGACACGGCCCUGAAGAGAUGCAGAAAGCAUUGAGGACGCUUGUGUACAUAAACUCACUAGACUCAACUCUUUAAAACAGGUUAUUUUUAGCCUGAGGUUCCACACUUCAGUGUCUCGUUCACUCACACGGAUCCUGCUCGGUCAUAAAUUAAGUAAUAAAUAACUCUUGCCUCUGGUUACUCACUUUAGCGCAUGCAACUAGGCUCAUUGUGUUCUUUAGUAGACUUGGGUGACCUUUUGAAAGAGGAAAUGAACCCAAAAUUGUAGGAUAACUAGCUAGCCUGUGCUGCCUUUUUAUAUAUAGAAUGUGUUUUUUUUUAUUGAAUAUAUUAUUAUGCAAGAAUAUUCAAAACACUUCUCUGUUUAGCACUGUGUUCUUGUUAAAAAAAAAGUACUGGACGAAUAGCCGGGCUGGGCUAAUAAACAAGUUUGGAUGGUAUUUCGCCUCCAAAUGAUAAGAAAUUAAGCCUGUUUGCGUUUGGGAUAUUAUUUUCAAAAGCAAUUAAAGCAGAUGCUCAUUACCAUAAUGCACAAAUCGCAAUACUAUUGUGGGAAAAAAAACAAGAGUAAAAGUAUUUUAACACAUCCAGAUUUUCAUUAAGAAAUACGUAAAAAUCCUGGACAAACUACGGUAAUGUGGAAAACGUCCUCAACUGCCAUGAAAAUAAUGUCAAAAAAGAAGAAACCAAUAAGAAAUUUGAUUUUGCUUAAAGAAAAUGAAACCUGGUAUUAUAUUUCUUGCAUUUUGACAUUAUUUUCAGAGCAAUUAAAGCACAUUUCCCCCCUAGAUUCUCAUUACCGUAAUGCAAAACAUCAUUGCUGUAAGGGAAAAGAACAGUAAUUUAUUUCUUAUGUAAAGUCGUACGCAUAUGCAGAUUUUUAAAAAAAAAACCUAAAUAAAUACUUAAUCCUGGACAAAUUGUGGAAAUGAGGAAAACACCCUUAAUUAUCAUGAAAAUAAUGUCACAAUGUGAAAAAAAAGAGAAAGAAAUAAUAUUUUGGAUAAAGAAAAUAAAGCCUGGUUUUAUAUGUCUUUUUGCAUUGUGGAAUAAUCUUUUAGGGCCAUUAAAGCAUAUGUAUCCCCCAAAUUCUAAAAAACAAAAAAAAAUCAUUACCAUAAUUAAAUAAAAUAAUUUAUAAUUUAAACAAUAAUUACAGUAUAUUGUGGAUAGACAAAAUAUGGUAAUAAAGAAAAAUGUUCUUAGUUGUCAUAAAAAAAAUAAUCACAAUGCAAAAAAAGAAAACAGACAUAUAAGAUUAAUGUUUUUCAAUUGUUUGCAUUUUUUCCCAAGGAAAUUCAAACAGAUUUUCCUCACAAAUUCGCAUUACAGUAGUGCAAAAAAAACAAUAGGAAUAUAUUAUCUAAACUGUAUUUAUGUGUAUGCAGAUUUAAAGCCAGGACAAAUUACGGUAAUGAUGGAAAAUAUUCCUAAUUGUCAUGGAAAUGUCACAAUGCAAAAUAGGCUUAAUUUUAUUUCUUAAAAAUGUUUUCACAAAACUGUAGGAUAACGUGUAGUUUACAAAGUGAAUUACAUUCACCAAACUACUUAAGCUGUGGAUUUGUUCUUAAUGGUUUUGUGCCAAACCUUCAGUAAACUGUUUUCAAAGUGUACGAAAACCUGACGAAAGUCUUAAAUGUUAUUACUGUACUUGUAGCCUUGAUUUUGUUCUAUUGUUGUAUGUACGUUUGUGAAGUAUAUUGUAUUUUCAAGUAGAUUUUGCACAUUGUGUCCUUCUCACUGUUGAACGGUCAUCUACACUCAUAAGGCUGUUUUUCUUAAACGUCAUUAAAAUGUGUUGCCUGAAGCCAAAGAAAGCAGCACAGAUAGAGACAUGUUACCAGCUAAACGCUGUGUCAUUCUGAAAUAUUUGUUUAUUUGUUGUGUAAUGUCUUAAUUUGUGUACAAUGUUUUUUUAUAUCACUGAUAUUGUUCAGUUUUUUUUUUUUGGACAUUUAAUGCCAAAUACUGUUUCUAACUUCUGUCAGUCAUAGAGUAUGGUGUAUUAAAGACUUUUUAAAUAAAAUCUCGGUAAAACAA